CGCGAAAGUAGAUUCACGUUGAAUUCUCGCGUAAAGCCGCUUCGUGAGCUGUGCAGGUGGACGAAUUAAGAAAUUUAGAGUAUUUUGAGACCUGUGCGGAGAGCGAUCCAGUCGAAAGAGGAUCAAUCAAUCUUUGGCCUGAAAGAUGCAACCCGAACCCCGUUGCUCCCAACGACAACAAACUCGAGAGGAAACGAGAAAAGAUCCGUAGCGUCCGCAUUCCAAAAGUCUAAAGAUUUGGGAAACUUCACAAGGUGUGCCUGCUUGUUCUUCAGAAAAGAUGAAAGAAAAGAUCAAUACGAACACUUCUAAGCUGAAAUUCAAAGUUUUCUACUUUUCUGUCAAAAUUGUGGGAUUUUGUUCCCCCUCUUCCUCCUCUCCCUCCAGGUAGAUAAAUAAAUUUUAAAGCCAUGGUGAAAGACACCGAGUAUUAUGAUAUUUUGGGUGUGAGUGUUGAUGCAUCUUCCGCUGAGAUAAAGAAGGCCUACUACAUCAAGGCAAGGUUGGUACACCCAGAUAAAAAUCCUGGAGAUCCAAAAGCUGCUCAUAACUUUCAGGUACUAGGAGAGGCUUAUCAAAUACUGAGUGAUCCUGCAAAACGUGAGGCAUAUGAUAAGCAUGGAAAGGAAGGUCUUCUCCAGGAUUCCAUGGUAGAUCCUUCUGCUGUUUUUGGAAUGCUCUUUGGAAGUGAAUUCUUUGAAGAUUAUGUUGGACAGCUUGCUUUAGCAACUAUAGCUUCAGUUGAAGUUGAAGAAGAAUCCCAAGCCCUAGAAGUUCGGAAGCAAAAAGUUCAAGAAAAAAUUAAGGCAUUACAGAAGGAAAGGGAACAAAAACUAAUUCAGAAUCUAAAAGAUCGCCUUCAUCCAUAUGUGCAAGGACAGAAGGAUGAAUUUGUAAGAUGGGCAAAUUCAGAAGCUCGUCGUCUGUCUCAGGCUGCUUUUGGGGAGGCUAUGCUCCACACUAUCGGCUAUAUUUAUGCAAGACAAGCUGCAAGAGAGCUUGGAAAGAACAUUUUAUUUAUGGGGGUGCCAUUUAUAGCUGAGUGGGUACGAGAUAAGGGUCACCAUGUAAAAUCACAAGUUAAUGCAGCUGCAGGCGCCAUCUCCUUAAUGCAACUACAGGAGGGGAUGAACAAGAUGGAAGGGAGCGAAAAUAGGGAAGAGGACUUUUUGAAGAGCAUUGAAGAAAAGAAAGAUGCGAUGCUUAGUUCUUUAUGGAAAAUAAAUGUGCUUGACAUCGAGUCAACCCUUUCACAUGUCUGUCAAGCGGUUCUUAAAGAUAAUAGUGUUUCCAAGGAUGUGCUGAAAUCACGAGCCAAAGCAUUAAAGAAGUUGGGAACGAUUUUCCAAGGUGCGAAAUCUCUUUAUCGGAGAGAAAACAGUCUGCGUGUUGAGAAUGAUCCCAGGAAGGUUGCGACAUCAUCAAAAGCAACCGCAUGAGAAUCGUAUGUAUCAUGAAGACAUAAUUGGUGAGGGCUUCCUUAUCUGCUGGAAGAUGGAAUCUCUCCAGUGCCUUAGACUCGACAUAUGAAUUGAAGUACAGUUAUUGUGGUUUGUAAUUAUCUUCAUCCUGUAGCACUGCACAUCUUUCUGGAAGCAAAGCAUUGUUGAUGUUUGCCGCAGUAUACCUCUGUAUAAAUCCAGCACAGACAUUGUGAAGUAUUGGUGAGUUUGUUUUUCCUCAAAUGGAGAGCCGGCUUUUUUUAAUUACUU